CCUCGAAACAGAGACAUACCAAAGAAUCUGGACCCUAUUUUCAUAACGUCUCUCAUUAUUUUGUUGCCUUCGAUAUCGCUCCUAAGAAAGCCAACUACAGUGAUCAACUACCCCGCCAGACAAUUUCACCGCUUUUGGUGGGCAUCAACUUUCUGCCACUUCACUAUCACAAACUCGAGGGGCAAAGUUACCAGUUUCUCUAUACAAGUUGUAUGGUGUUGUGCGAUUAGUUGGUUUUGUACAUCCCAAAAGACAAUCAAAGGGCUUGUGCAGUCUCAAACUGUCCAUGAUGGCGGACUUCAGGCAAUGGGCUCUUGAAUUUGUGCUUGCCGAUAAUGAGGGGCAACAGACAGCGAUAGCCCAAAAGGCUGCCAACGAGAUUCAAACUGCAGCGGCCAAUACCAACCCUGUAGCUCGAUGGGUCGAAGCUGUGCAACCUUGGAUGCCAGGUGGUGGUAAUGAGGCCGAGAAUGAGACACCAGACUGGACGGCGAGGGCAAAGGCGCUUGAAUUUCUAUCACGGACGUUGGAUUUUCUAAGCAAUGAUAUUCUGAAGCCUAGUCAAGUAAAAUUGCUGGUCAGUUUCUUCGGAGCCAUGUUCGAGGUCGACCAUAAAGCUGGAAUUAUGCCCUCCGCAAGCGCUCUAUCUAGGAUAGUCGCCAUGAAGUCCUUCCAACGUCACAUGGGACACGACAUUAUCCAGAAAGUCUGCUCACUGAAGGACGAUUUCCCACGCCAAGUAUCCAAGACCAGACUCGAAAUCUACGAGCUCAUACGACUACUCAUGACAACUCCUGGUGUCGCCAGCGACUUACAGAACACACACGGCUCGUCUGCUGGCUUUAUGCUCGACCUGAUUCAACUGUGCAGAAGUGAGCGAGACCCCGAGUGUUUGAUGGUGUGGUUUGAUAUUUUGAGGCUGUUCAUGGCUGAAUACACUGUCUCUCAAGACGUAUUGGAGGAAGUAUAUGGUGUUUUCAAGCCAUACUUCCCCAUUUCACUCCCUAGAGCAUCUCAGGUUGCAAUUACCCCUGAAGAGUUGAAGCUACAACUGCGAAAGUGCUUUUCCGCAAAUCACUUAUUGGCCGAUAAGGUCUUUCCUUUCCUUUUGGGCAAACUUGAUCAGGGUGAUGCUGUAACAGUCAAUGUCAAGCUCGAUAUCCUCAAAACCAUGCAAGCCUGUCUUGAUGAGUACAGUCAUCCACAGAAGGCAAUUGCCCCCUACGCCAACCAAAUAUGGGGCAGCUUGAAGUAUGAGGUUCGAAAUGGAGAGAUUGAAGAUACCAUCUGGGGCACCCUGGAAGUUCUCAAGUCUCUCACUCGACGACUCACUGGGGACAGCCUCCGCGACUACACACUGUCAGUUACCAGAGAUUGUGUCCCAGACCUUGCGACAACCAUGUAUGCCUCAUCUGCUGGCCGACUCAUGGUCAGUGUCUUGAGCUCCAAGCCUAGCGCUUUUGUCUUAAUGGCUGCUCCCGUCAUCACACAUAUCAAAGAGAACUUGCGACAUCCAAAGGCGCCUGUCCACACCCAGGAUCUUUUGAAAGUCUUGCACGUCAUUCUAGAAACCCGUUUCCUACUAGUUGACACAAAUAUGGCCGCUGAGGACCGAGAGGAUUUUGCUGCCAUUGACAGUUUCUUCAAGUCUCUUUAUGAAGACGUCUUCAAGAACCCUGUCAGUCUCGGCUCUAAACCGGAUGCCUCGUAUGAUGAUAUCAAGGUUGCUACUCAAGCAGUUCCGGGAGCUGGAGUUUUGGUUUGCCAACGGCCUUCCAAGUCAUUGGAUCUGUCAAACAACGGCGCGAGUGAUAUUUCCCAGCGAUUACUUCCCGAGUCAACUUGCUCAGAAAUCUGCGAAUCUCUCUUUGCCAUUCUCAAGAAAUCAGGUCCCGAGUAUCCUCGAUCACCUGGAGGCGAUGAACUCAUUAACGACACUGCCGGGGCUCUUCAGAGGGCUAUCCGCUAUUUCCCUCGUGGUUUCAACGGCCUAGUGGAUGAGAGUUUGAACAUCAUUCACUCUAGCCGAAAAAAUGGUAACGUCCUUGAUACGGUUGAGACGAUCAAGACUCUUGGAGGUUUGGUUGCAUAUCUGGGCUCCUCAGAACUACCUUUCACACCACGCGACGGCUUCGACCACUUCAUUUACUCUAUCCGUGCAUUCCUAUCAGAACUCUUUGAAGCCCUCGAGUCCAAGUCGGAUCCUGAAAUUUGGUGUGCCUUGAUAGCUACAGUCCAGUCUACUAUCCGACAUUUCAACGAUGCCUGCUUGGCAAAGAACCCCGAUAAAGAAUUCUUCAUCGAAGAUGAACCCUUACAAAAGAUCGGCUCUGCGUACCCUGCCCUAAGUCUGCUUGGCGUGGAGAAACUGACUGAGUCUUCUCCUGAAUACCAUAGUCGAGUUCCUCAGUCAGCGUCUGUGACCGAGAUCAGAAGCGAGUUCUUACUCGUUGCCCUAUUCAUUGCUAGACAACUCUACCGCCGAGCAACCAAGGUAAUUGAUACACAUCCUCAAACAAGCAAACAAGCUCUGAGUUUGAGUGAUGAUUUCGCCAAUGUCAAUGAAGUCUCUGGACACCAGUACCUUCAUCUUAUUUCCACUCUCGCAGGCUUUGUGAUCCAUGAGUUCAGCGAAUCUCAACAAACGUCACUCAAAGCCGAGAGUUUUGCAAUUAGCCUCUUCCGCGAUGAUUCUAUUAAAGUUCCCCAGAAAACACCAGAAGCGACGGCGAGCUUGGAGAAUGGUUCAUCUUGGAGUUGGUUGGUAUCCGAAGCACCCAACGUUCUAUCUUUUGGUAUACUGCAAGCUUUGCAACCACCAACAGUAGCUCGCCUGUUUGACAUUGGGGUUGCCCAGGAGUUGAUUCUCAGUGGAUUCGCAGCCGACACAAACUUCAGCAGACCAGUGGCUCUUUCUAUCUUGACUAUUCUUGCAAACAAGUUCAAAAUCGAGACUGUUCCAAGUCUCAUAACAGCUCUGGAACAACGAUCUUCGAGUCUAUUACCCGCAUCUACGUCAGGAAAUGAGGCUUCUCGCUUGGAGCAAAUCACCUCCAUCUAUGCCCUUGUUGCCGGAAUGGUCAGACGAUAUAGCGGCAAGGAGGCCAAGACAUUGCUUGAUGUGGUCAAGGAAUCGCCUAAAGAUCUUAAGCUUGGCACCGAACUUGCUCGACAACUUGAACUCAUCGUGGCUCCUCAGCAACCGCUUACCAAAGAGUGCUAUGCCAUCGUCAAGCCUCUCUGGACCCAGAAGGUCUACUUCCAACUUGUUAGCCCAAUGCUACAAGCCGCUACUGGAAAGAAUGCAGAGGUCCAGGACCAACAAGUUAAGGCGAACUACAGCACCGCGGUGUUGCUCAUGGUUAAGCACAUGAAUUUCCCUAUUUAUGAAGCCGAUGCAGACAGCAUCCUCCGAAUCUCGAUCGCUGUUGCGCAAAACAAUGGCAUCGGCCCCGAAACCAAGGCAGCCCUGGAUGUGAUUAAGAACACACUCGUAGAGGCUCCUGAGAAGGGCAAGGGUCACAUUCGAAGCAUUAUUAAGAUCUGCAACAGUGUUUUCUCAUAUAAACCAUCUCCCACAUCAAUCGAUAUAGAGACAGAGGCUGCUUGUGGCAAGCUCGCGCUAGAGAUCGUGGGAAGCUUACCACAAACAUAUGACUCCCAGCACUUGAUACCACAUGCGCCUCAAGUGCAACAACAGUUGACAUUGGUUUGUGGACACCGCGUACGAGAGGUGAGAAAGACGGCACGAUUGGCUAGGGCAGCUUGGGCAGACCUCAAGUAAGGUGACGGGCUGGUUUUUACAUAGAGGCAAUGUGAAUCAGGUUAUGGGACUUGAUCUCCUUUUCGUGGUUGGUGCAAGAUAGAUACUCGGAAAAGGUUCAUAUAACACAUAGAUCAUUCAGAAUU